GCGACACUCUGAAGCAUUGUAGUCCGAAAAAACUUUUUGUCUCGCAGGAUAAUGGCACAAACUGUAAACAGCUAGUGCUCAACAGUGCUACGUCAUGACUUAAUUAAUUGAAAUCAAACAUAGGGCGCCGUCAAUUGAAGACAAUCGCAAUGCCAAAUCUUCGGUCUACUCCAGCAUCCAGUUGCCAUUGCAUUGGUAAUUGAGACCAACAAGCAUUACAUCAACAUCCAAAGCGUGUACGUCUCAAGGGCAGCAGCACAUAUCAGUCCUUUAAUGCCAGUCACGGCUGCAUUUAAAAAUCACGUAUACGUCACAUGGCAACGGUCGAAUUUCUACUGCUGCUGCCGCUGCGUGCACUCUAAACGUUUGUAAAACAUUUUGACAACAAAAAAGAUAUCGGUGAGCAACUGGAACAUCCAACAUGGAGCACAUCAUGUCAACAUUGCCCGCACUUACCGCAGACGAUUCCAGCCUCUGGCUAACCAGCGCCUUGUCCGAGGUGCUCGCCAGCAGCGAUGUCGAACAUAACGUAACGUUAGCUGCCACAGCGGCUGUGGCUUCCACAGUGGCCACAGCCGCAGCGAGCGCUGUCAAAGCACAUGGCAAGCACACGCAUUCGGUGAAUACCAGCGAAGCGGAUUUGGGCAUAUACCCCGGAUAUAUACACUAUAAGUACGAUGUCAGCUAUAUAGCAAAGGUGAAUCCCUUUUGGCUGCAGUUCGAGCCGCCACGAGCGAGCACCUUUUACAUAAUGGCUGGACUGUACUGUCUCAUCUCAGUGGUGGGCUGCAUUGGCAACGCGUUUGUGAUCUUUAUGUUUGGCAGUCGCAAGUCCCUGCGCACGCCGGCGAAUAUACUCGUCAUGAAUCUGGCCAUAUGCGAUUUCUUAAUGCUGAUCAAGUGCCCCAUAGCGAUAUACAAUAACAUUAAAGAGGGACCCGCACUGGGAGACAUAGCUUGCCGGCUUUAUGGUUUUGUAGGUGGCUUGAGUGGGACCUGCGCUAUAGGCACGCUCACCGCCAUUGCCUUGGAUCGUUAUAAUGUGGUCGUGCAUCCUCUGCAGCCGCUGCGUCGCUACUCACGAUUGCGAUCCUACUUGAUUAUCUUUCUAAUCUGGUGCUAUAGCUUUCUGUUUGCGGUAAUGCCUGCCUUGGAUAUUGGCUUGUCUGUCUACGUGCCCGAGGGCUACUUGACCACCUGUAGCUUUGACUACCUAAACAAGGAGACGCCGGCACGCAUUUUCAUGGCGCUGUUCUUUGUCGCCGCCUAUUGCAUACCGCUCACCUGCAUUGUCUACUCCUACUUCUACAUACUCAAGGUGGUCUUCACCGCCAGCCGCAUACAAUCCAGCAAGGAUAAAGCAAAAACCGAGCAGAAGCUCACGUUCAUAGUGGCGGCUAUUAUUGGCCUCUGGUUCCUUGCCUGGUCGCCCUAUGCAAUAGUGGCCAUGAUGGGCGUCUUUGGCUUGGAGCAAUAUCUAACGCCACUUGCUUCCAUGAUUCCAGCGAUUUUCUGCAAGACAGCCGCAUGCGUGGAUCCCUACCUGUAUGCCGCCACACAUCCCAGAUUUCGCGUGGAGGUGCGCAUGCUCCUUUAUGGACGCGGAGUGCUGCGUCGUGUGUCCACCACGCGGUCAUCCUAUAUGACACGCUCACGGUCUUCCUUCACGCAUCGCUUGCGUCCUGCCUCAGGCGAGGGCGAGAAUCGUGCAGAGCCUUAUAUGCUGAAUAACAACCUCAUGAUGGUACCCGAAGAAACAGAGGAGAAUGAGGAAAUCAUUGUGGUGGCUGAGAUUAACCACUCCCUCUCUGGCACCAUGGAGCAGAGUAAGUUUUAAGCCACAAAAUGCUUG